CGCCGCCUCCAGUUUGAUAAGAACAGCAACGCAGAGCGGUGAGCCAGUCCAGCCGGUUUUACGCGCGGACGCACCGGUGGAUCCGCGGCCAUGGGAGCUUCGCAGACGCGCUACGAGGACCAGGAUCAGCACCAGGACCAGCACCAGAACCAGGACCUGGCGGACAAAACCGGAUUUUCUCUGGAACAGAUCAGAAACCUGAACAACAGGUUCCAGCAGCUGAGUGGAAACGAGGAGACGAUCAGCCGGAAGGUCCUGGACGGCGUGCCGGCGCUCGCCAACAACCCCAUCAGGAAGCAGAUCAUUGAAGCGUUCUUUGAUAAGAGGAACCAGCGCCAGGACGAGGUGGGCUCCUGCCAGGAGAUCGGCUUCCAGCAGUUCCUCAUGGUCAUGUCCCACUUCCGCCCGCCGACCCUGAAGACCACGGCGGAGGAGAAGGAGGCGCUGAGGAGAGAGAAGCUCCGCUUCCUGUUCAACAUGCACGACACCAACAACGAUGGCACCAUCACGCUGCUGGAGUACAGGAAGGUCGUAGAAGAGCUUUUGUCAAAGAGCAGCGCCAUCGGGCAGGAGGCCGCCAGGGCCAUCGCGGACGCCGCCAUGUUGGAAGUGGCGAGCACCAACGUGCCUCACAUGGCUCCAGAAGACUUCUAUGAGGGAAUCACGUUUGAGCAUUUUGAACAGAUCUUGAAAGGACUGGAGAUGGAGACGAGGAUGCACAUUCGCUUCUUAGAUGUGAGCACCACCGCAAUGACUUGUGGGAAGUCCACCUCCUGACGCGCUGCUGCUCCGUUAGCCUCUGGGCUCACAUGGAGGCUAAACUCUGGAUGGGCACCAAGAUAUCGGUGGAAUGAUGCAAUUAAUUAUAGACCUAGUACCAUAGCAUCAGUUAUUUUAUACAAGUUAGGGUUAGAGUGAGACUACAGAGAGUGAGACUACAGAGAGUGAGACAGCAAAGAGUGAGACUACAAAGAGUGAGAGAGCAAAGAGUGAGACUACAAAGAGUGAGACUACAAAGAGUGAGACUACAAAGAGUGAGACUUCAAAGAGUGAGACUACAAAGAGUGAGACAGCAAAGAGUGAGACAGCGGGGCCCAGAGCACUCCUGUCUGACCCUCGUGAGUGAAGCCAACUCUCCCCUCAGAUCAACUCUGACAGACUUUGUACUGAACUAAAUAAAUUUGAGAGAUUACGACGAAACAAA